AAAAGAUAAAACAAUUAUCAUUCGCUCCCUGAUUAAAGUAUUAAUUUUAAGGCUUAAGCCAAGAAUUUACAGUUUUAAGUCCCGCAUAUUUUACGUAUAUUACAGAUCGAACCCAUUUCUCAUUCAUUUUUUUAGUCUCCCUCCCUGUAAAGCUUCCAAGCCUUUCGUCUCUAAAGCUGAAGACGUUUUGAUCAAAUUCUGUUGAAAAAUCAAACGCGUUAGAUUUCUGGAUUAGGAUUUUAUAGGUGAGAGAUCACACAGAGAUCCGGUUCUGAACAAAAACAUGGGGAGCCCAAAGAAGAACGAGAACAAGGGCUUCUUCGCCGCCAUGACCUCCGGCUUCUCCAUGUUCGGCAGCGCCAUGUCGAGAUCCGUCAACGGGUUGCUUAGUUAUGAAGGAGUUGAGGUCAUAAAUCCAGAAGGUGGCAAGGAAGAUGCAGAAGAGGAAGCUCAGAGAGGAAGGUGGAAGGACGAGGAACGAGAUAGUUACUGGAAGAUGAUGCAGAAGUAUAUAGGCUCGGAUAUUACGUCUAUGGUGACACUUCCUGUUAUCAUAUUUGAGCCAAUGACUAUGCUCCAGAAGAUGGCGGAGUUAAUGGAGUAUUCCCACUUGUUGGAUCAAGCAGAUGAAUGCGAGGAUCCAUACAUGCGUUUAGUAUAUGCUUCAUCAUGGGCUAUAUCUGUUUACUUUGCCUACCAACGAACGUGGAAGCCUUUCAAUCCUAUUCUUGGAGAGACGUAUGAAAUGGCCAACCAUGGUGGAAUUUCAUUUCUUUCUGAGCAGGUUAGUCAUCAUCCCCCAAUGAGUGCUGGUCACGCCGAAAACGAGCACUUUACUUACGACAUCACGUCAAAGCUGAAAACUAAGCUUUUGGGUAACUCUGUUGAUGUUUACCCUGUUGGGAGAACGCGUGUAACCCUCAAAAGAGAUGGCGUGGUUCUGGAUUUGGUGCCGCCUCUGACUAAGAUUCACAAUCUAAUAUUCGGACGAACGUGGGUUGACUCACCCGGGGAAAUGGUGAUGACAAAUUUAACUACUGGAGACAAAGUUGUACUCUAUUUCCAGCCAUGUGGUUGGUUCGGUUCUGGUCGCUAUGAAGUGGAUGGAUACGUUUACAGCGCAGACGAAGAACCUAAAAUCAUGAUGACAGGAAAAUGGAAUGAGAAAAUAAGCUACCAACCUUGUGACACCGAGGGAGAACCUCUUCCAGGCACAGAGCUUAAAGAGGUGUGGCAUUUGGCUGAUGUCCCCAAAAACGACAAAUUUCAGUACACCCACUUUGCUCACAAGAUAAACAGCUUCGACACAGCUCCUGCUAAGCUCUUGGCUUCAGACUCACGUCUCCGUCCUGAUAGAUAUGCCCUUGAGCAGGGUGACCUUUCUAAAGCUGGUACCGAGAAGCACAGCCUUGAGGAGAGACAAAGAGCAGAAAAGAGGACCCGAGAGACAAAGGGACAGAAGUUCACUCCAAGAUGGUUCGAUCUGACGGAUGAGAUCACAGCUACGCCAUGGGGAGAUAUUGAAGUAUACCAAUACAACGGGAAGUACACGGAACACCGAGACACAGCAGCGAGCUCGAGCAGUGCCUCCGAUGAAGCGGACCUCAAAUCGAUCGAGUUUAAUCCUUGGCAAUAUGGUAAUAUAUCAACCGAAUGAGGGUAACAUCUCAUGCUUUUAAAAUGUUGUGAUUCAUGGACUCUUGAAAAUGAGAUCCAUGUUGGUUUUAACUUUGUUUCAGUCAGGGUGAAAAGACUGAUGACGAUAGGUUUGAGUGAUGAAACAUAAGAUUGUGUUUAUGUCUUAUUGUAUCUUUUGUUCCAUCUCGAUCAUAAGUCAUUUAUGUUUGUUAUGUUUCUUGUUUUUAGAGUUAUGUGGUCUUUACACACCAUUUUAGUUUUCCAUUUCGAGCAGAUUAAUAUACUUAUCCCCUUCAUUUUUGGAUUUGAAUAUAAUAACCUCAAGCUUCCCGUCCGUGGAUUAAUGUAGUUUAGUUGCUUUGA